GCGGGAAAAAUGUAUAGUAAUAAAGUAACGGUAUUUGAAAUUUAAUUAUUAUUGCAGGCAUAUUUUUGAUUUAUAUAAUUUUUGAAAUUAAAAAAUGGAGGUGGAUUCUGACUCGGAACAAGCAACAACGUCUAGAUCCGCUGUUAAUGCAAGAACAGAAAGGAUGCGUGCAAGAAAUAGAGUAGUCUCUCAACAAUAUCGUGUACAACAUCGAGCCAAAACGUGUGAUUCUGUGAGGGUUGGAUUGGGCGAGGAAAUUGAGAAUGUCAAAGUCGUCGGAACUGAUGUGGAAUCGUUAAUAACACGUAUAAAACGCCGCAAGCAUGCAUCAACAGAUGAGUUGUGUAAAUUGGCCCAAGCAUUUCAACAUAAUGAAGCAAAUAUCGCAAUCUUUGGGAGAGCAGAUGGUGUUUUCCCGGUUAUUGUGAAAGAAUUAACAAGCAUAGAUACCGGAAAUCAAAUUGCCGCCAUGGAGUGUCUUUGCAAUCUGUCAUUGGGUGAAGCACCUGUUUGUGAAAAAAUAAUAAAAUUCGCGGGAAGCUAUUUAGUUACCUAUCUGGAUAACCCCAAUGAAAACAUAAAACGACUAUGCCUCUGGAUAAUUUCUAAUAUAGUUUUUACAAGCAAUGAGGCCACAAGAAGAAUAAUAGAAAUGGGAGCAGUGCCAAAGUUAUGGAACAUUUAUGUAGAUGGAGAAUGUGUUGUAAAUGAACUAGAAAAUUUUGCAGAAGAUGCAGCUUGUUGUUUACAGCUGAUUCUGUUAAACAAGGAACAAAAACUUAGAUGUGAAGAUUUACUUCACAUUAACGAGAACAUGAGCAAGAAACACCGAGCAACUGCGGGAGCAGAAUAUUAUUUGUUAUUUAUAUUCCAUAGUGAAAUAGUUAAUCCCAACUCGGAUCUUAGUACCGAACAAAGAGUAAAUUUGUUGCGUUUUGUUUGUUAUAAUCUUUGCAGAUAUGAUGAGUUUGAAAGCAUUAAUAGCCGUUUAAGAGUACUUUAUGCUGUGCGUAUAUUAUCAAAUUACGUAGUAUGCGUGACAGAUGGUCUUCGAGAAGUAAUAACACUGUUAAAAAGUCCUUUAUUUGAAACAACGUUAGAAAAAAUAGUAAACAAAUUUUUCAGUUUUAAUGAGCAUUUAUUAUCCGUGGAACUCAUUUUUCUAUUAAGACACUUAAUACAUGAAAAAGUAGAACAAUCUUUGCUGAUCAAAAUGUAUCAACUUGAAAUACCUAUCUUUAAUUAUGUGAAAUUACUACGAAAGUCUUAGAAAAAAAAUAACACGAGUUUACAGUGUAAAAUAUUAUAAAUAAUUAAUUUGCUAAAAAGUAAAAUACAUAUGUAUGUAAGUUUUAUAAAAUUUUUUU